UGUCGCUCUCAGCACGCAGGCACGCACGCAGGCGCAGCGCAUUUUUCCCUUGGGGGUCUCCCUCCACCUCCUCUCCUCGAUCCCUCCUCCUCCUCCCGUCCCGACCUCCCCCCACCCCGCGCCGACUACCAACCGCAUGCGCCAUGCAGCCCGGGCCCACCUCGCCGGGCAGGGCCCCGUCUCCCGCGCCCGCGCCGCCGCCGGAGCCCGAGGUGGCGGCGCCCGAGGCCCACGCUGACGACGCCGAGGUCAAGGAGGAGCCCGUGGCCGCGGCGGCGGCUGAGGAGGGGGAGGAGGAGAAGGAGAGGAGGGGCGCCGGCAGGGGGAGGAAGAGGCGGCGGCGCGGCGGGCCCGGUCCCUCCUCGUCCUCUCCCUCCCCCGCCGCGGCGCCGGCGCCCGCGCCCGCGGGGCCGAGGGGGGGCCUCGUCAUGGUCAAGCGGGACCUGCUCGCGCGCUGCAUGACGUGCCCGCUCUGCCGCCGCCUCCUCCGCGACGCCACCACCAUCUCCGAGUGCCUCCACACAUUUUGCAGAAAGUGUAUAUACCAAAAGUUCAAUGAUGAGGAAGUAGAAUGCUGCCCAGUAUGUAAAAUUGAUCUUGGCUGCACUCCUACUGAGAAGCUUAGAGCUGAUCACAGUUUACAAGAUGUAAGAUCAAAACUUUUUCCAUUCAAAAGAAAGAAGAUUAAGGCAGAAGAAGUUCCAUCUCCUAUUUCGCUCCCCACUAAAAGGAAAGAAAGGUCUAUCUCUUCACUAGUUGUCAAUACACCUAAAGUAAAACCAACAGGCUUGACUGGACGGCGAACAAGAGCAGUUGCCAGGAAAGCUGCAGCUGCUGCUGCUUUGCGUGGCCUUGGUCCAAUUGUAGAUCCUGUGAAAAAGGAAAUUGAUAGUUGCGACAGUAAUUCUCAGAGUUCAAGUCUGCCUGCUAAUUCAAGCAAAGCACCGCAAACAAGAAGACAGAUACUAUCAAAUGCGGAGGCAUCUAACCACUCCUCCAAUAAAGAUACCGAGGGUGAUAGUAAGGAGUUGGCAGAUAAGGCUGAGCUUUGGCAGCCUUUGAAUUGUUUAGUAGAAGCUGCGAACAGGACAAAGUCAUUUAGGUCAAGUUCACAGAAUCCAAUUGUUAAGGGAGAGCAACUUAAUGGCUCUCCGAGUAGCACAUAUGCUAGCAAAACAAAGGCAAGGGAGAAUCUGCAGAGGUCCAAAAUUGAGGAUGAUAAGAAGGAUGUUCCCAUGCCAACGAUACUGCCAAAAAGGAGAGGUCAAGGUACUGCUCGGAGGAGGAGAGAACUUCAAGCUCCAGCAGCUGCAAAGCCUGAUGCUGCAGCUGCACAGAAUGAAAAGAAGUUCAGUUCCAUAUGGUUUUCAUUGGUUGCCUCGUUUGACCAGCAAGGAGAUCCACCUUUACCACAGAUACCUUCCCAUUAUUUGCGAAUAAAAGAUGGAAAUGUACCCGCUUCAUCUAUCCAAAAGUACCUUAUGCAGAAGCUCAGUCUUCCAAGUGAGUCUGAGGUGGAGAUAAAGUGUUGCGAGCAGCCAGUGAACCCUAUGCAACCUCUGCGCAAUUUAGUAGAGCUGUGGCUGAAGGGAAAAGCGACACAGGCAACUCAGACCAUGACUGGCUCCUCCGCGAAAGAGUUUGUAAUGGUGCUGACAUACGGACGGCCAAAGGCCCCUGGAUUGUGAAGGCACCAUGCAAAAAUUCAACUCAUUUUCCCCCUGAGGCAGCCAUAGCCAGCCAUUUAUUGGCCUUUCAAGAGGUCAUCGAAGAUAAAGUCUCCCUGGCAGCCUCACAAUAUGCAGUGGGUGGCUCACCCGGGAGAGCCACCCCUUGAUGUCACAUUCAUGUAUUCUUUGAUGUUAUAGUAUAUGUUGUUCGAUUCCUUUAUGAUGUCUUCUUAUUUAUUAUACAUCGAUAGUGGUAUAGAUGGAAAGUGUGAUUGAUACUUGUAGGUAUCAUUGAUGUUUUGGUUGGACAAAAAUUUCUAUAUAGAGAGAAACUUGUAGCCUUUGCUUGUAAGAGAUGAGUAGAGUUGAUUGCAAAGUGCCUUUCAGCUGUACCCUGAAUUAUUGUAACACCAAAUUGUAGCCCCUGUAUUCAUUUUGAACCUGUCGAUGGUCUAAUGUUUGGAUCAAUUCAUAAAUACUUUUCCUUGUUUC